UGCUCAGGCCCUCCUGCCCGCCCUCUCUCCCUCCCUUCUUCCCUCGCAGCCGAGGAGGCAGCAAUUACGCUUUGGGGAUAAAACGAGGCGCGGAGAGCAGGCUGGGCAUUUCUCCCUGAGAUGGCGGGUCCGACAGCUACAGCCCUGUGGCCUGGAGUCCUCCUGCUCCUGCUGUCCAUCAUCCACCCCUCGCAGCCUGGAGGGGUCCCAGGAGCUAUUCCUGGAGGACUUCCCGGAGGACUUCCCGGAGGAGGCUUUUUCCCAGGGACUGGUAUCGGAGGCCUGGGAGGAGCAGGGCUGGGGCCUGGAGGCAAACCGCCCAAGCCAGGGGCUGGACUCCUUGGGGGAUUUGGACCAGGUGCUGGAGGGCUCCCAGGAGGGGCAGGGCUCGGCGCCUUUCCUGGGGGCGCCUUCCCGGGGGCUCUACCGCCUGGGGUUAGCGCUUCUGCAGCCUAUAAAGCUGCAGCCAAAGCUGGUGCUGGGCUUGGCGGUGCUGGUGGUGUCGGCGGGCUUGGUGUCGGCGGGCUUGGUGUCGGUGGACUUGGUGUCGGUGGACUCGGUGGCUUAGGAGUGUCUACAGGUGCAGUGGUGCCGUCCGGAGUGGGAGUCGGAGCUGGAGGGAAGCCUGGGAAAGUGCCGGGUGUGGGUCUACCAGGUGUAUACCCAGGUGGAGUGCUCCCAGGCACAGGAGCUCGGUUCCCAGGUGUGGGGGUGCUCCCUGGGGUUCCCACUGGAACAGGAGUCAAGCCCAAGGCCCCAGGUGGAGGGGGAGCUUUUGCUGGAAUCCCAGGAGUUGGACCCUUUGGAGGUCAGCAGCCUGGAGUCCCACUGGGGUACCCGAUCAAGGCACCCAAGCUGCCAGGUGGCUAUGGACUGCCCUACAGCACGGGGAAACUGCCCUAUGGGUAUGGGCCUGGAGGAGCGGCUGGCGCCGGGGCCAAGACUGGGUACCCAACAGGGACAGGGGUUGGUCCCCAGGCUGCAGCAGCAGCAGCUAAAGCAGCAAAGUAUGGUGCUGGAGGAGCCGGAGUUCUCCCUGGUGUUGGUGUUGGAGGUGCCGGCAUUCCUGGUGGGGCUGGUGCAAUUCCUGGGAUUGGAGGCGUUGGAGGGGUCGGGGCUGCUGCGAAGGCGGCUGCAAAGGCAGCUAAAUAUGGAGCUGCUGGAGGCUUGGUACCUGGUGGCCCAGGAGUUGGAGUCCCUGGUGUUGGAGUCCCUGGUGUUGGGGGAAUCCCAGGUGUUGGAGGAGUCCCAGGUGUUGGGAUCCCAGGUGUUGGAGGAGUCCCAGGUGUUGGAAUCCCAGGUGUUGGAGGAGUCCCAGGUGUUGGGAUCCCAGGUGUUGGAGUCCCAGGGGCUGUGUCACCAGCCGCAGCUGCUAAAGCAGCUGCCAAAGCAGCCAAAUAUGGGGGCAGAGCCGGAGUGGGAGUUGGUGCUGGGGGCUUUCCAGGCUACGGCGGUCUUGGAGCUGGAGUCGGUGGUCUUGGAGCUGGAGUCGGAGGUGUCCCUGGAGCUGGCAUUUCCCCUGCAGCCCAGGCAGCCGCAGCCGCCAAGGCAGCUAAGUAUGGUGCUGGAGGAGCAGGAGGCCUGGGCGGGCUGGUGCCAGGUGCCAGAGGCAUUGUACCAGGUGUGCCGGGCAUCGGAGGGGUGCCGGGCAUCGGAGGGGUGCCGGGCAUUGGAGGGGUGCCAGGAGCUGGAACCCCAGCAGCUGCAGCCGCCAAAGCAGCUGCCAAAGCUGCUCAAUAUGGGUUAGGCCCUGGCGCUGGCGUUGGCGGGGUUCCCGGCCUUGGCGUUUUCCCCGGUGCUGGAGGGGUUCCUGGUCUUGGCAUUGGCCCCGGCGGCGUUACAGGAGUAGGGACCCCGGGUGCCGCCAAAUCUGCUGCUCAGUUGGCCGCCAAAGCCCAGCUCCGGGCUGCCGCUGGCCUUCCUGCUGGCGUUCCCGGAUUUGGAGCUGGUGCUGGCGUUCCUGGGUUUGGAGCUGGUGCUGGUGUUCCCGGAUUUGGAGCUGGUGCUGGUGUUCCUGGCUUUGGGGCAGGUGCGGGUGCAGUACCUGGAUCCUUGGCUGCUGCUAAAGCAGCCAAAUAUGGAGCAGGAGGGCCUGGGGGCCUUGGCGGGGUUGGAGGUCUUGGUGGUCUUGGUGGAGCAGGUGUCCCAGGCGGUGUGGCAGGAGCCGGACCUGCUGCCUUGGCUGCUGCCGCCAAGGCUGCUGCCAAAGCUGGCCAAUAUGGCCUCGGGGGAGCCGGUGGACUCGGAGCUGGCGGGCUCGGAGCUGGAGGACUGGGACUUGGAGGUGUCCCAGGGGCUGGGGGCUUUGGAGGUGUGUCCCCAGCUGCAGCUGCUAAAGCAGCCAAAUAUGGUGCCGCUGGCCUUGGAGGCGUCCUAGGAGCUGCCAGGCCAUUCCCAGGUGCAGGAGUUGGAAGACCUGGCUUCGGAUUGUCUCCUAUUUUCCCAGGAGGCGGAGCCGGAGUCGGGGCUGGGGGCCUGGGAGUUGGCGGUGGAGCCUGCCUGGGGAAAUCCUGUGGCCGGAAGAGAAAGUGAGCUUCCCAGGACCCCUGACUCACGACCUCAUCAACGUUGGUGCUACUGCUUGGUGGAGAAUGUAAACCCUUUGUGACCCUCCCCUCUACGCCCCCUCCUACGUCCCCACCUCUGGAGGGGACAGGGCUGGCCGGGCGGACUUGGAAAUCCACAGGACAAGGAAACAAGAGAACGGUGGCCAAGUGGGCCCUGGGAAGCCCCUACUUCAGAGGCGAGGGGUGGGUGGGCUUGGCCCCCUGCCCCCUCCCCCUUCCCACCCAGGAGCUCCCCCUCCAUACACUCUCCAUCUCCAGGGGAACUCGGUGCUAAGUGCUGGUGCUUUCAUCUUCCCAGGGGAGGGAGGAGGGAAGGGCAGCCCCUCUGGAAGCCCCCUCCCUGGGGCUCCUCUGAAAAUGGUGCAGACACUUCCUGGGCAGUCCCACCUCCCCCUGCCCACCAGGACCCACCCCUGGCUGCGGUCCAGUUGGUACCCAAGCAUCACAAACCUCAAGCUGGAUUUGGUCACACCAUCUCUUGGCCCCGUUGGCUCCCUUUUCCUCCACCAAUCACUGUUCCCCAUAUCUGGGGCACCUCAGAUCAGAAGAACCCCAAUGGGAAUAGACCUCUUUCUCUUGUGGAAUUCAUCCGCCCAUCUGUCCAUCCACCAUCCAUCCAUCCAUCCAUCCUUGCCCUCAGUUGUCCACCUGGCACCACUAGCUGGCUGGGCACCCCAACCAUCAACCUGGUUAACCUGUAUGGCAGCAUGUGCCCUGCCUUUGCCCCACCACACACACCCCUACAAAGGGGCCCAGGGUGUGAGGGGCUGUGCCAGCUGGGGUGGCAGGAAUCCCCUCCCUAACCUGGGUCCCCCCAUGCAGUACUGUAUCCCCCAUCCCUCCCUCGAGCCACUGUACUUCACAGCAUCUCCCACCCCUGCCCCGCCCAUCUCUUUGUGUCUCGCUGUGAUAGAUCAAUAAAUAUUUUAUUUUUUGUCCUGGAUAUUUGGGGAUUAUUUUUGAUUGUUGAUGUUUUCUCUUGAUUUUAUUUUUGUGAUUAAUUGAAAAAAAAUUUUUUUUUCUGAUCUGGGGAGCUAUAUCCCCAGAAGAAAAUUCAUUUUAAUCACUUUGGUAUAACUCUGGAUGAAACACACAUUUUUUAAAAUAAGAAAAGAGGAUUAACUGCUUCAAAAAAGACUAAUAAAUGAAAAUAUUUUAAAGGAAA